CCCUUUGUGGUUUCACAUCUCCGCACUUUUAAAAAUUCUCUCCCCUCCAGGAAGACAAAUAAAAUCCCUACUCUCCACUACCUUUUGCUUACUAGUCUUCUCUCUCUCUCUGAUGCGGUCACCCAUAGCAUUUGCAAGAGAUAGAAGAAGAUGUUGAAUACGUGGCCUUUCAAGGGAGCGAACGUGUUCAUUUCCAGGAACCUUGUUCCUCCUGAGGUCUUCGACGCUCUUCUCGAUGGUCUCAAGCACAACGGUGCCGAUGUAUUUCUCUGCUGCGAUCCUUCGCGACACGGCCCCAACGAUUUCCACAUAAUCUCUUCUCCCGAUCAUGAGAAAUUCGAAGAUCUUAAAGCUAAGGGCUGCAAUUUGCUCGGUCCUCAUUGUGUGCUUUCUUGUGCAAAAGAACAUAGACCACUUCCUAAGCAGGGCUUCACUUGCUGCCUUGCAAUGGAUGGCAUCAAAGUACUCGCGUCUGGCUUUGACAUGGAUGAAAAGGUUAAGAUUGAACAGAUGGUAACAGCAAUGGGUGGGGUGUUGCAGACUAAAGCAUCUGUGGAUGUUAGAUUUGUCGUAGUGAAGAAUGUUUCUGCUGCAAAGUACAAGUGGGCUUUGAAUGUGCUGAAGAAACCAAUUGUCACUAUUAAUUGGUUAUAUCAAUGCUGGAAUGAGCACCGUGUUGUUCCUCAGGAAUCGUACAGGGUUCUUCCUUUUUCUGGAUUAACAAUAUGUGUUACAAGAAUACCAGCAGAUAAAAGGAAGGAGAUUGAAAAACUCAUCAUACAAAAUGGUGGGAAAUAUUCUGCUGAGCUGACCAAGAAGUGUACACAUUUGAUAUCUGAUGCUCCUGAAGGUGACAAAUACAAGGUUGCCAGAAGAUGGGGCCACAUUCAUAUUGUAACGAGGAAAUGGUUUGAUCAAUCUGUUGCUUGCAAAGCGUGUCUUAACGAGGAGUCCUAUCCUGUCCAGGGUGGUUGUCUAUCUUCAAGCAAAACAGUGAGGGGUCCCAUGAUUGCACAACACAGUCAAGACAAGUGUAUUGGGAACACGCUUUCUGUCCCAUCCUCAGUGGCUUCAGAAUCAAAUUUGCCUGCUACUACGUGUGCUGGGUCUUCAGAUCCAGACUUGGAAGCUACACUCUCACAAAACAUGUCUUCUAUGUUUUCAGAUUGUCCUGUUUCUAUAAAAGUGGUGGACUGUGAUAAGCCUAUGGUAAAGGAAACAAUCGCAACAAACCUUGAUGGUUGUGUUGCCGAUGACUCUCAAUCUGAAGAUAGUGAUAUGUACUUGUCGGAGUGUAGAAUAUCACUUGUUGGUUUUGAAGCUCCUGAAUUACGCAAACUAGUUAAUAUGGUGCGGAAAGGUGGGGGGUCGCGGUAUAUGACUUUCAAUGAUAAAUUGACCCAUAUUGUUGUUGGGGCUCCGACAGAGGUUGAAAAGAAGGAGUUAAGAGGGCUUGCAGCUUCUGGUGUUAUUAAUGUUGUUAGAGCUGCCUGGCUUGAAGAUUGUGAUCGUGAAAAGAAAGAGAUCCCUGUUCUCUGUCAGCAUAUUGCGUAUGAUUUACUUCUUCCCAAAGAUCCCGUGAGCUCUCUCAAAGGAACAAUUACAGGCAUGGCUCGUAAUCAAGCUAAGAAUUUCACUGUUCAUCCAAGCAUUCACUCUGAUCAGGUGCUCGGUGGUGCAAAUUCUGGCCUUAGAAUGCAAUCAUUAUUGAAAGAAAACAGAGAUGCGAAACCAGAAAUGAACAUAAAUUUGAGUACCCCUUUGGAAGGGACUGUGAGGUGGUCCCAACAAAAUGUAUUUCCUGUUGUAAACGAUCCAAAGAAGGGUGCAAAAAGGACUCAAAAUGAUUGCAGUGGUCUAGAUGUUCAAAGGAUGAAGUCAAUAAAUGUAUUUCAGGGGAAAACAUUUUGUUUUUCAAAAAGCUUUCCUGAAGAUAGGAGAUCUGAAAUUGUGCAAUGGAUCAAUCUAGGAGGAGGUGAGGUGUUGGUAGAUAUAGCAAAACAGAAAGUGCACUUCAUGAUUGAAUGCCAUGGUGUGAUAUCUAGGUCUGCUGAUGAUCCCCAGACUCUUUACGUGUCCAGUCACUGGGUCCGGUCUUGUUUGGAGGGUGGAUGUCUGCUGGAUAUCGGUAGUCAUAUUAUAUAUUCUCCACUUCCCUGCCGGAUUCCUUUGCCUGGUUUUGAAAAAUUCCGCUUUUGCAUCUCACAGUAUGAAGAGAAAGAUAGAUUGCUAUUAAGAAACUUAUGCUUUGUUCUUGGAGCUAAAUUUGUGGAGAAAUUGACUAGAAAGGUCACACAUUUAUUAUGCAAGUUUACCAGCGGGCCAAAGUAUGAAGCUGCCUGUAAAUGGAACAUAUACUUGAUUACAUCUGAGUGGAUUUACGAGUGUGUCAGGCAGAAUGAAGUUGUUGCAGUGGAUCAGUUUUGCCCAAAAGAAAUUACCUCUCAAGAUGAAGAGGCAGGAUUAUGCACUGUGAGCCAGUUUCCUACACAAGAUGUUCAAAUGAUAUAUGGAGAGAAUGCAUCUCAAUUUAUUACUCAGCCACAAGGCCUUAGAAACUCAUCAGCCCAAACUGGUGGUAGUUUAAUCAGCAGCUUCAUGGAAGAGGCCCAGCAUUCUACUGAUAUCUGUAAAAAGGCAAAGAUUCUUAAAGAUAAUGAUCAGAAGAGUCUGCUUUCAUCUAGAGUUAAGAGUGAUUCUACCCGCAAUAUAAAUUCCACUGAAGGUGACGACGCAAAAGAUAAUGGAGAAUCUUCUCAUGACAUUCCUGAUGUAGCUGCUGCUAUUGAGGACUUGUUGGAGCAGACAAGCAAGAUUCAAGAUCAGAAGUCACCAGGGAGGAGUGGGUGUGAUAAAAGUCUAUUUUCAUCUGACUGUUCAAUGCUUGGUGAAGGCCAUGGGGGUUCUCCCUCUGUGAUCGGGUUACCGAAGCACUGGUUAAGUAGGACUGGGAGAAGAGAUGAGCUAUCCAGUCCCAAAGAAGCAAAUGGAGGACCAUAUGAUAGUUUCAGCGAAACACAAACAGACUCUCAGGUUGUUGGUUAUGAAGAAGAUUUGACAGGGAGGCAAAUGCUUAUAGAUAGAGUUCGUACCAGAAGUAGCAUGACCUGAGCUGAAGCACAGGCGCAUUCCUUGCCUGACUGAAAGGUAAGAAGUAUCUCGGGAACAGAGAGUAUUAAAGGGAAAGGAAGAGAUAGUCAAUACAACAUUCUAUCGAGGCUACUUUUGUCCAAUAAAAUUGGGCAGCGCCACGCUAACACCACCAAAGACUGGCUGACAAACAACUAUAUAUAUAUCGGUCCCCACUAUUCGGUUUUGUCAAUUGGAGACUGGGAUUUGGAUGAAAGAAAGAAAAGGUCGACUGAAAUCUUUCACUAAUUCAGACGCUUAAUUAAUCGCUGGUCAGGUUAAAUAGACUCUUACAAGUCAUUGAUCUUAAUUAGCCUUUUCCUUUUUUACGUUUGGUUUAUAUAUUUAUUUUUGGGUCUUAAAUUUCAAAAUCAGUUGUAUUAAUUUUGAGAUUAAAAAAGACUAGAUUUUAGAAUAUUCAUGGGUUGAAAAAUGAGUUGUAACUUGAACGAGAGAACCUUUUUUUCUUGUAAUGGAUGCAAAAUUAGUGAAUGAUUUUUUGUU